CCCAGGAAGAGCCAUCGCCAUAUUUGUUUUGAAACACAAAUUUUGUAUUUCUCCAAAAUAUCUUCCGAUUCCUCCGAUUACGGUCAAUAAAAAGGCGAUGCAAUGACAUCAAACAACUUGCAAAAAGCUAUAGAUAUUGUGACAAAAGCUACAGAGGAGGAUAAGAACAAGAACUACGCCGAAGCAUGUACACUAUAUCAACAUGCGUUGACGUACUUCCUUCAUGCUAUGAAAUAUGAAGCCCACAGUGAGAAAGCGAAAGAUAGCAUUCGAAGCAAAUGUAUACAGUACUUCGACAGAGCAGAGAAACUAAAGCAAUAUGUUGCCAAAAAGUCUGGCACUGACAGAAAACCAGUGAAAGACAGUGCUGGUGAAAAAAGUGGAGGCAAUGACAAGAAAAGUGACAGUGACUCUGAAGAGAAUGAAGAAACGAAAAAGUUCCAAAAUCAGCUAUCAGGAGCCAUUGUGAUAGAGACACCCAAUAUAAAGUGGGAUGAUGUAGCUGGGUUAGAGGGAGCUAAGGAAGCUCUAAAAGAGGCUGUUAUUCUACCAAUAAAGUUCCCACAUUUAUUCACUGGUAAGAGAAAACCAUGGCGGGGCAUACUCCUGUUUGGGCCUCCAGGUACUGGAAAGUCCUACCUUGCCAAAGCAGUAGCAACAGAGGCCAACAACUCCACCUUUUUCUCUGUAUCAUCAUCUGAUCUUGUAUCCAAAUGGCUUGGAGAGAGUGAAAAGCUGGUUAAGAAUCUAUUUUCAAUGGCAAGAGAGCAGAAGCCAAGUAUCAUAUUUAUCGAUGAGGUAGACUCUCUUUGUGGCUCUAGGAAUGAGAAUGAGUCCGAAUCAGCAAGGAGGAUCAAAACUGAAUUCCUAGUUCAAAUGCAAGGUGUUGGCACUGACAAUGAUGGGGUCUUAGUACUUGGGGCCACCAAUAUACCAUGGACUUUAGAUUCAGCUAUUAGGAGAAGAUUUGAGAAACGUAUUUACAUCCCACUCCCUGAGGCAGGUGCCAGAGCACAAAUGUUCAAAUUGCACAUUGGUAAUACUGCAUGCGCUCUGUCUGAUGAUGAUUAUACGACUCUAGGGAAACGUGCUGAAGGGUAUUCAGGCUCUGAUAUUAGUAUGGUUGUUCGAGAUGCUCUGAUGCAACCAGUUCGUAAAGUUCAAACAGCAACACAUUUUAGAAAGGUUAGGGGGCCUUCCAGAGAUGACCCUAGUGUUAUCUUAGAUGACCUUCUGGAGCCAUGUUCUCCUGGAGCUCCUGGUGCAAUAGAAAUGAACUGGACACAAGUUCCUGGUGAUAAACUUAACGAGCCCUUAGUCACAAUGCAUGACAUGCUUAUGUCCCUAAGUGUACAGAAACCAACUGUUAAUGAAAAUGACUUAGAAAAACUCACACAAUUCACAGAUGACUUUGGUCAAGAAGGAUAGAACUUGACAUAUUUUUUGCUGGUGAUUGAACUGUCACAGUGGCCGUGUUUUGAAGUGUAAAAAAAUGUAAUAGGAGAACUCAAUGAAAUAGUUUAAAUGACUCAACACUUCUAUCUGGAGAACUCAAUACUAAAAUAGAAAUAAGUCAAUGCUUCUAUUUGGAAAACUUAGCAUUAAGAUAGGAAUGACUCAACAGGAGAACUCAACACUAAAAUAGAAAUGACACAAUGGCCAACAUUUCCAUCAGGAGAACUCAACACUAAGUGUGUAAAGACUUAAUUCUUAUUUCUGAAGAACUCAACACUCAAAGAUUGGAUUGAGUCAACACUUCUAUCAGGAUUACUCAACACUAAAAUGGAAAUGACACAAUGGCCAACAUUUCUAUCAGGAGAACUCAACACUAAGUUUGAAAAGACUUAAUUCUUAUUUCUGGAGAACUCAACACUCAAAGAUAGGAUUGACUCAAUGCUUCUGUCAAGAUAACUCAACACUAAGAUUGAAUGACACUCACGGCACACAAUAAUAUAUUGAAUUGUUUCAGUGUUUCAUCCCUAAAUUGUAUGGUUAUUCCUCAAAAUCAGAUUCUACAACUGUAUUUGUAGAUAGAUUUACAGUUUAUUAAGCAUGGCCAGGGUAACAUUUCAAUUUUAAACAUGGUUAGAGAGAAGAUUUAUUAUUUUUAUGUCCCCACCACAUCGUGU